AUGGCAGCGUCAUCUGUUCACGUUGAUCAGCUCUUCCCUAUCGAUGGAUCCGUCACGAAGUCGCGAGACCGCUUGAUCAUUAAGACUUCGCAUCCCAAUCCAUCAUUGCAGGUUACUGCCGACCACCAGCUCAAAUCGGUCGAAGCACCAGUCUAUGCCCCACGUGAGGGAGAAGUCCUUGUCCACAUCAAAGCCACCGGUAUCUGUGGAUCAGAUAUUCAUUUCUGGAAGACCGGUCGUAUUGGAUCGCUUAUCUUCGAGGACGACUGCAUUAUCGGACAUGAGGCAUCGGGGAUUGUGUUGAAGUGCGGCGAAGGAGUGACCAACCUCAAGCCUGGUGAUCGCGUCGCGAUGGAGCCCGGAGUGCCUUGUGAGCAAUGCUUCUUGUGCAAUGAGGGUCGGUAUAACUUGUGUGAGGAUGUUCGAUUUGCGGGUGUUUACCCCCACGCCGGCUCAAUUCAACGCUACAAGAUACACCCCGCUAAGUGGUUGCAUAAGCUGCCUGAUAAUGUCAGCUUUGCCGAGGGUGCUCUUCUCGAGCCUCUCUCGGUUGUCAUGCAUGGUAUUAAGACGACGGGUCUCAGUCUCGGCCGAGGGGUUGUUGUAUGCGGCGCUGGGCCUAUUGGUUUGAUUGCACUGGCCGCAGCUCGUGCUUCGGGAGCUCAUCCUAUUGCUAUCACCGACUUGGAACCCUCACGAUUGGCAUUUGCUAGAGAGCUAGUUCCUUCUUGUAUGACCUAUCAGGUGGACCUCAAUAAGGACGCUGCUGGUAAUGCCCAAGCUCUCCGGGCGUUGUUCGGGGCCUCGGAGUAUGAUGCUCCCGAGACAGUCCUCGAGUGCACCGGCGUGGAAAGCAGUGUAUGCACGGCUGCAUAUACGGCUCGUCGUGGAGGUACAGUAAUGGUUAUUGGGGUGGGAAAAGCGACCAUGAAUAACCUUCCGUUCAUGCACAUCUCUCUCGCCGAGAUCGACCUGCGUUUCAUAAACCGCUAUAGGGAUACCUGGCCAUCAGCCAUUCAGUGCUUGAGUGGUGGAAUUCUGGACUUGAAGAAGCUUGUCUCGCAUGUGUUCCCCCUUGUGAAGGCGGAAGACGCGUUGCAUCUCUGUGCUGAUACGCGGAAUGGCAGCGUUAAGGUGUUGGUUGUUGAUGAGCAGGAUGCAUCACUGUGAAAGUGUUGGACAGUAGGCAAAUACUGAAUACUCAC